GCACGCAACCGGCGCCCUGGCUGAGUCCAUAGUGCGCGUACCCGCGGGUUUAACGAACGACCCUCCCGCGCGAGCCAUCAUCACUGGCGCGAGGCAUACAGAGAGGCGAGACGGAGCGGUUUAUUAUUACAUUUCGCUUGCUGUUAAUGUGGACUCCCCGGGCCUAGUUUGAUGACGAUUCGGCAGUUGCGAUGAAUACUCGCGUGGGUGUUUUCGAGUGAUGCAAUGAGAGAAACGACACUUUCUUGCCCGUUUACCCUGCCCCGUGCAAGCCGCGAGCGCGGUGCAUGUAUGCGGCUGUGACGAGCUCCAGCAGAAGUACGUUAAGAUGCCGUUAUGGACCAAUAUGUGCGACUUUACGGCGAGAUUUUGGUAUCGAGGUGCAGUCUGAAGAUCGAAAUAUUGCAAUAUAUUUAGCUGAUGCUUUUAAUUCACGCAAUUCUUUAAUUUUGGCCCCUGACUGGAGUUACAUUGCGAGCUGACACAAGCAUAGGACCUCUUUGUUGGCGAUCACUGACAACCUACCAAGAGGAAAAGGCUGAUUUGGGUGUCCAGACCAUAGAUACAGCCAUGGCAAAUGACUCAAUCCAAAGUGAUCCCGGUGGGUUGUCGGUUCUUGAACAGCUGGGCUUGGACCUCAGCUCGGAUUUCUCUGACUCCAGCGUACAGCAGCGAUUGGAUGAACAGAGGGAGCGAAUUCGUAGAGAAAUUCGAAAGGAGCUGAAGAUUAAAGAAGGAGCGGAGAAUCUCCGCAGAGCCACUACCGAUAAACGUAAUGCUCAGCAGGUGGAGAGUCAGUUGCGGAGCUCCAAUCGACGCCUGGAGUCGCUCCACGCCCAGCUGCAGGAACUUGAUGCUCAUAUCGUUGUCAAAGGCACUGAUGAAUCACGCGAUGAUGCACCUCAUUCUCCGGGUGCAGAGAGCAGGUCGUCGGCGCAUAUGGACCGAAUUGCCGCCCUGGAAAGGCAGCUAAACAUUGAGCUCAAAGUCAAACAAGGCGCUGAAAACAUGAUCCCUAUCUAUGCCAAUGGCUCUACCAAGGAUAAGAAGAUGUUGCAGACAGCUCAGCAGAUGCUACAGGACAGCAAGACUAAGAUCGACAUCAUCCGCAUGCAGAUCCGGAAAGCAAUGCAGGCCAACGAAUACAACGAUGAUACACAGGAAAAGCCUGACCCGUGUGGUAUGGAGCUACGGAUCGAGGAGCUCCGGCAUCAUUACCGCGUGGAGCAUGCUGUUGCUGAGGGAGCAAAAAAUGUCCUUCGACUCCUGGGAGCUGGGAAAGUACAAGACAAGAAAGCCAUGUCAGAGGCUCAGUGUCGUCUGAGCGAGUCGUCUCAGAGGUUGGAUCUUUUGAGAGAUUCACUGGACCGGCGGUUAGCGGAACUUCCGGAGGAUCAUCCCAAAGCCUCCGUGAUUAAAGAGGAACUGGUUUUAGCCUCCUCUCCGGCAUUCAGCUCACGCCACAGCGCCCCCUACGUGCACAACCAGUACAGCACCCUCUCCAAACCCUCUCCACUUACUGGCACGCUUCAGGUGAUCCUGUUUGGCUGCACGGGCGUGCUGGAAACUGUUCCCGGUCGUGUCCGAGGCAGCCAGGUCGUGUUGCCGUAUUACAGUCCUGGAGAGGGGCGUUCCUUCAUGCGGAGCGGAAAAGGCUUGUACAGUCGCAGCGGCAGUGUUAGUGGAAAAACGCCCACCAAAACUGAUGAUCAUUCCUCGGAGGUGAGUGCAGUACUAAAGCUGGAUAACUCAGUAGUGGGUCAGACAGCAUGGAAAAGUGUUGGAGAGCAGAGCUGGGAUCAGACUUUCACCAUCGAGCUGGAGAGAUCCAGAGAGAUGGAGAUUGCGGUAUACUGGAGAGACUACCGUUCGCUGUGUGCGUUGAAGUUUCUUAAACUUGAGGAUUUUUUGGACAACCAGAAACACCAAGUGCAACUGGAGCUUGAACCUCAAGGAGUGCUAUUGGCCGAGGUCACAUUCUUUAACCCUGUGAUCGAGAGGGUUCCUCGACUGAAACGACAGAAGAAAGUUUUCUCCAAACAACAGGGUAAAGCGUUCCUGCGAGCACGACAGAUGAAUGUUGACAUCGGCACGUGGGUGAGAUUACUGAGGAACGCUAUACCGACUGGCAACAACACGGGAACAUACAGCCCUCACGCACAAACCGUACAGACAGGAGAGAUAUCGGUGGAGAAGUUGAGUUUAGACAAUGACACGCCUAUGAAGGUGGAUAUCCGGCGAGACGUGACAGAUGUGCAAACUCCGGAAAGACAACCAGCCACCGAACCCGUCUCAUCACCCGACCCCACCACACCCGAAAGACCGAACAGAACUCAUUCACUCUCCAGUAAACAGAAGACAACGCCUCUGAGCCUACAGGAUUUCCGGCUGAUCGCUGUUCUUGGCAGAGGCCAUUUUGGCAAGGUGCUGCUGGCAGAGUAUAAGAAGUCAGGCAGCAUGUAUGCUAUUAAAGCUCUGAAGAAGGGAGAUAUUGUGGCCAGAGAUGAAGUAGAAAGUUUGAUGUGUGAGAAGCGCAUUUUCGAGACUGUGAACAGUGUGCACCAUCCCUUCCUCGUCAACCUGUUCGCGUGCUUCCAGACUCCCGAGCACGUGUGUUUUGUGAUGGAGUACACGGCCGGAGGAGAUCUGAUGAUGCACAUACACGCAGAUGUCUUCAACGAGCCACGCGCUGUGUUUUAUGCCGCUUGUGUGGUUUUAGGACUUCAGUUUUUACACGACAACAAGAUUGUGUACCGAGAUCUGAAGUUGGACAAUUUGUUGCUCGACACAGACGGUUAUGUGAAGAUCGCUGACUUUGGGUUGUGUAAAGAAGGCAUGGGGUUUGGGGACAGGACCAGUACGUUCUGUGGAACUCCAGAGUUUUUGGCUCCUGAGGUUUUAACAGAUACGUCGUACACACGUGCAGUGGAUUGGUGGGGGCUCGGAGUGCUUAUAUACGAGAUGCUGGUGGGAGAGUCACCGUUUCCUGGUGAUGAUGAAGAGGAGGUUUUCGACAGCAUAGUGAACGAUGAAGUUCGUUACCCACGAUUCCUUUCAUCAGAGGCCAUUGGCAUUAUGAGGAGGUUACUACGGAGAAAUCCAGAAAGACGAUUGGGUUCCAGCGAGAAAGACGCGGAGGAUGUAAAGAAACAACCUUUCUUCAGGAAUAUGAACUGGGAGGAUCUUCUACUCCGUAAACUCCCUCCACCCUUCCUUCCCUCCAUCAGAGGAAAAGAGGACAUCAGCAACUUUGACGAAGAGUUCACGGCAGAAGCGCCGAACCUCACCCCACCGCGAGAACCCCGGGUGCUCUCACGCAAGGAUCAGGACAGCUUUCGCGACUUUGACUACGUGUCUGACCUCUGCUGAGAGCUUCUUCACUGUGAUGAUAGCACUGUAGAGAGACAAUGAUGGGCUAUGACUCUGUGACCUUAAGAGAGGCCAGUUUCGGUGUUUGGUUGUGUACGUUUUGUGCUGGACCUGUGAACACUGUGAUGGGAAAGAGAGAAUUGAAACAGGAGAAAUGAGAAGAGGAUAGACAGUGAUGGGAAGAUUUGCUUUUAUGAUUGUUUGUUUGUUGCCAGUUGGUUCAAAGGCAUUUCAAAAAAUAUUUCAAAUUAUUGAUUCGUCUUGUCAUACAGGUCCACGGCCUUGAGUUCAUACACUUUUGUAAGAAGUACAUUACCUCUUGAAAGGUGAUGUGAGGGCAUAUUAGAAAAACUUGAAGCAAAUCAGUGGGGUUACAAAAAAUACCUCGGAAAUUUUGUUAAAUAAUUUGACCAAGAGCAUGUUGGGAAGUGCGUUGACAUUCUUAAAAAUGGUUAAAAAAAAAGAGCACCGAUAUUAGCAUCAAUAUUAAACAUAUCUGCCGAUACCGAUAGUUUGGUGGUUAACUAAAUUCUGAAAAUUAUUAUUUUUUUAAUGUUAUUCAUACAUUAACAUUAAACUAGUGAUGUUUCUUUACAUUUUCUAUACACAGAGCUCACUUUCUUAGAUUUUGUUCUGUUUUGAUUGACAGGAUAUAUCGGCCAUAACCAUUAGUUUUUUUACUCGUUUUCAUCAUCCGAUACCGAUUAUUUUACCGAUAUAUCGGUGCAUUUUUAGUAAAAAAUAAGGUCUGAGUACUUAAAAUUAUCCACUACUUACAUAUACAGACUACUGGCUGUGUUAUUUUAUUCACAGUACAAUGAAUCUUUAUGUUGAACACGUACGUUUACGUUGACCUUUAAGUUUACAUUGAAAUAGUUGCUAUGUUUUAGCUGUCAAAUUUCGAGGGAUUUUAAAAGCUUUUAUUAAAAAAAUUAUAAUCAAUCGAUUAACUAAAAACCAUUGUGCAAAUAGUUUAAAAGCUAAUUCACACUGAUCCAAUGAACGCCAAUGGACCAUGGUUACUGUAGUACUAUGGGACCCAGGUUUGAUUCCCAGUCAGGAAACGUGACUUUUGGUGCAGUCAUGACCUGAUAGUUAGAAAGUCAGGCUUGUUACCCGAAGGUCACCGGUUCGAUUCUCACAGACGUCAGGUAGAGACUGAGCUGUCCUUGAUCAAGGCAUCUUAUCCCCAAAUCCUUCCUGGGCGCUGCAUUGAUAGCUGUCCAAUGCUCUGUGUAUAUGCGUGUGGUUACGACUUGCAGAGGCCACAUUCUGAGUAUGGGUAACCAUUGUUAAUAAAAAAAACAUAGUUAAAGGGACACUCCACUUUUUGAAAUAGGCUUAUUUUCCAGCUCCCCUAUAGUUAAACAUUAGAUUUUUACCGUUUUGGAAUCCAUUCAGUUGAUCUCCGGUCUGGUGGUACCAUUUUUAGCAUAGCUUAGCAUAAUCCAUUGAAUCUGAUUAGACCAUUAGCAUCGCGCUAAUAAAAUAACCAAAGAGUUUCAAUAUUUUUCCUAUUUAAAACUUGACUCUUCUGUAGUUACAUUGUGUACUAAGACUGACGGAAAAUUAAAAGUUGUGAUUUUCUAGGCAGAUAUGGCUAGGAACUAUACUCUCAUUCUGGCGUAAUAAUCAAGGACUUGCUGAUGUAACAUUGCUGCAGCAGGCGUAGUGAUAUUACGCACUGCCCGAAAAUAGUCCCCCGCUAUUGAAAGUAACCAUUUUAGGGGAAUGACAGUAUAGUUACUAGCCAUAUCUGCCUAGAUAAUUUUCUGUGAUCAGUGUAGCCCAAUCUCUCCUAAAUACUGUAUAUUUAGAUAUAAAUGGGCAAUGUUAAACCAGCAAUUACAUUUUUCUUCUGAAAAAGUAAUGGUUUGGCAAAUGUGAGUACCGUACCCUGACCAGGCGUAACAGCGAAGUGCAACGCUAUAUUGGUAUUUAAAAACUCUAUGAUGUCAUAACUGAUAACUCCGCCCACAAAGAGAUCUCAUUCAUGUGUUUUAUCAAUAUUAAGGAUCAAACAUAGACAACAAUAUUUUAAUGGUUUUGAUUGAUUAUGUCACCAAAGAACCAACUGGCAAAAACUAAAAAAGUCUUUCUCCAUCCAGCCUGGCUUUUUUAAAGUGAUGUCCGCUCAAACCGAACAUUGCUGCCUAAAUAAUCUGCAUUGGACCGACCUGGACCUAGUAACCCGCAGUGUUAAAGAGACGUUUUCAUGCAUACACUGUGACAUAUCAGAAAAAAAGUGAGUUGCACCAAGAGCAGCGGUUAAUUUAUGCGUGACCAAUGAUGAAUGUGCAUUUGCUCUUAGUGGUUGAGGAUUUAAACCUCUUUACAGUUAUUUGUUUUGGGUUUGUCUAUAAAACGCUUUUACAUGUAACAUGUACAACUAGCAUAUUGAAAUUUAGGAGAAAAGCCCACUAACCAGCUAAGUCUCCACCCAUUAAGUGCACUUUGAGGAUGGAUUUAAGAAGAACAGACUGACCUCUCAUCUGGGGUUGGUUUGAACAAACUGCCUUAAAUUAAUGUUGGUCCUGUCUGCCCUGGUUUUUAUCUAUCCCAAUCUUUUGAUGUUAGCGAUGGAGACAAACAGCAGAAAAGUUUCAUCUUAAUUGGAGAACUAAAUUUAAUUUUAAUAAUGCAUUAAUACGGUUGGUCAGCAUCACUUUAUGGUUACAGAAAAGAGAAAUGCAUUUAUGUGAUAUGUAAAACUGGUGCAUGUGGUGUCAUGUGAUAAAAUUCAGACUGCCCUUCUGAUCUAUGGGAACGCUGAUGUCCAAUCAUUGUUAAGAAAGUAUAUUGGCAAACAUUUUGGUAAAGGGGUACACAAACACUUUCUGUUAAAAGACUCAGUUGCCUCAAACAACAGAUGGUUGUCUGUAUUUUAAAAGUUUUUUAAUUCGUUUUAUUUUUAGUUAUCGGAUUUGCAGUCUGUUAUAUAUUGUAGUUACGAACUAAAUGACCGACUAGUGACUGUUACAGUAAAAAAGCAGACUUGUGUGCUUGUUCUGGUUUUUAAACCCUUUAUUACCUCAAAGCUGUUUUAUGCCUUUCGUCAGUUUGUGAAGUUUAUUGGACUGUUGGUUUAGAAUGACCUCUCAUUUUGAGGACAGAGACUAAAGAAACAGACCAUCGUACCAUAUCUAUUGAAGCUGAUUUAUCAAUUGUUUUUCGCAAACAUGCACAUACACACUACACACACUGUGAAAAAUUGUGUAGCAAAAUUGCGGCCACCAAUUAUACACCCCAAACACAAAGUACAAUAUUUGCAAAGGAACUGCGAUCUCUUGCUAUAAAAAAAAACAAAUGUUAUCCUUCUUUUCCUGAAAAGAGCAGAGUAACGCAAGUCCUGUGAGAUUAUACAGUUCAUCAAAGCUAUUACCUGAUUUGUAUUUAUAAAAAUGUUGUUGAAAUUGUUUGUGUUUUGUAUGUCAGUCUCGAAUUGUUCAUUUGACUACACCCUUUAGAAAUUAAAAAUAAACAAUGAUAUUCUGA